AUGCUGUUCCCACUAAAAGCAUCAACCCUCCUCACCCUCCUCCUCUCCCACCCACCACCCACUCAUGCCUCUACCCCCCUACCCCAAACCCAACCCCGUCUCCUCUCAAACGGCACCUUCAACCUCGCCCAGUCAGCCCUGAGCACCACCCCCAACACCAACACCAACCUGCUAAGCCGCGACUACUACACCUGCCCAAACGAGUACUCAGCAUGCAGCACCGACUCCUCCACCUGCUGCCCCGCCGGCAACGGCUGCUGCAGUAACGGCUACUGCGCCGACCCCGGCGCCACAUGCUGCACCGUCGGAACGUGUCCUAGCGGCUGGAACUGCUGCGGCAAUGCCGGGUACUGCUCGCCCGUCGGGGGCCAGUGCUGCGAGGGCGGCUACUACUGCGAUGCCGGGUACCAGUGCAAGAUCUUCGAGGGCGAGAAAGUGUGUUGUCCGGCGUCUGGGUGCGCGGGCUCGGACGGGUCGGGCAGCUUGGGUAAUACGGUGGGUGUUGGGGCGGGUGGGGGAGCUGCGGCGCCUACAACAACGACGACGACAAGUGUGGCUGAGGCGACGGCGACGGAGCCGGUGGUUGUGCCUGGGAGCACUACUAGUUCUAGUUCUAGUUCUGCUGGGUAUACGGCGACGGCUGUGGGCGUCGAGUAUGAGUACUAUUAUACGACGUAUUACUGGUCCUACUGGGUCUACUUCUGGACUUCGUAUUCGCCUUAUACGGUGCAGACGGUUACUUCGACGGAAACCACCACCACGACGGUCUGGUCGGUUUAUGCGGCUGAUAAUGCUGAAGCGAGUGAGUCGUUCUCGAACAGCGUUCUUCUCAACUCCCCGACUGCGCCGUAUACGGCUACGUACUUGGAGAGCUCGACUAGCCCGGUCCCUGUUGCGACGGGGGCUGCGGGUGUCCCGACUGCGACGUAUGGGGGUGGUCUUACUGUGGGUACGGGUGCUGCGAGUGGGAAUUCUGUUCGAGUUUGGGUUCCUUGGGUAUUUGCGAUGUUUGGUGUCUUGAUGGGCGCGUUGGCUUUUGGGCUGUGA